UAAAAUGAGGAAAUCAAGAAUCAUCAGUAGUAGAAGCAAAACACUGUAGUUUAGGCUCUUAGCUGAAGAAGAGUGAUCAAUGGAGAUUAAUUUCAAUGCUUUCUCAAAACCCAUUCAAGAAUCUUUUCCAUCUUCGUCAUCCAAAGUUUUUCCAGGGGCUUCUAGAAUUAAGAUAUGUUUUCCUUCUCAACAUAUUACUGGACUGAAGUUUGGAUCUCAGGAACGGUCUUGGGAUAUUUCUUCCACCCCAAAAUCAAGAGUUAGAAAAGAUGAAAGGAUGAAGCACAGUCCAGCUAUUUCUGCUGUUUUGACCGAUGACAGCUCGACAAUGGCAUCCCGAGAGGAAGACGUUGAGACUGAAAGUAUUGACCUCCUAAAUUUGGAUCCAGCUUUGGAACCUUAUCUAGAUCACUUCAGAUACAGAAUGAAGAGAUAUGUGGAUCAGAAAAUGCUCAUUGAAAAAUAUGAGGGAGCCCUUGAGGAAUUCGCUCAAGGUUAUUUAAAAUUUGGAUUCAACAGGGAAGAAGGUUGCAUAGUCUAUCGUGAAUGGGCUCCUGCUGCUCAGGAAGCAAAAGUUAUUGGCGAUUUCAAUGGAUGGAACGGUUCCAACCACAUGAUGGAGAAGGACCAAUUUGGUGUUUGGAGUGUUAGAAUUCCUGAUGUUGACGGUAACCCAGCCAUUCCUCACAACUCCAGAGUUAAGUUCCGUUUCAAGCAUGGUAAUGAAGUUUGGGUAGAUCGUAUCCCUGCUUGGAUAAAGUAUGCUACUGUAGACGCCACAAAUUUUGCAGCACCAUAUGAUGGUGUCUACUGGGACCCACCACCUUCAGAAAGGUACCACUUCAUAUACCCUCGCCCUCUCAAACCCCAAGCCCCACGAAUCUACGAAGCACAUGUUGGCAUGAGCAGCUCUGAGCCACGUGUAAAUUCAUAUCGUGAGUUUGCAGAUGAUGUUUUACCUCGAAUUAAGGCAAAUAACUAUAAUACUGUCCAGUUGAUGGCCAUAAUGGAGCAUUCUUACUAUGGAUCAUUUGGAUAUCAUGUUACUAACUUUUUUGCUGUGAGCAGUAGAUCUGGAAACCCGGAGGACCUAAAGUAUCUGAUAGAUAAAGCGCAUAGCUUGGGUUUACAGGUUCUGGUGGAUGUAGUUCACAGUCAUGCAAGCAGCAAUGUCACUGAUGGCCUCAAUGGCUUUGAUAUUGGCCAAGGUUCUCAAGAAUCCUACUUUCAUGCUGGAGAGCGAGGAUACCAUAAGUUGUGGGAUAGCAGGCUGUUCAACUAUGCCAAUUGGGAGGUUCUUCGUUUCCUUCUUUCCAACUUGAGGUGGUGGCUAGAAGAGUAUAACUUUGACGGAUUUCGAUUUGAUGGAAUAACUUCUAUGCUGUAUGUUCACCAUGGAAUCAAUAGGGGAUUCACAGGGAACUAUAAUGAGUAUUUCAGUGAGGCUACAGAUGUUGAUGCUGUGGUCUAUUUAAUGUUAGCCAAUAAUCUGAUUCACAAGAUCUUCCCAGACGCAACUGUUAUUGCCGAAGAUGUUUCUGGUAUGCCCGGCCUUGGCCGACCUGUUUCUGAGGGAGGAAUUGGUUUUGAUUACCGCCUGGCAAUGGCAAUACCAGAUAAGUGGAUAGAUUAUUUGAAGAAUAAAAAUGAUGAAGACUGGUCCAUGAAGGAAGUAACAUCGAGAUUGACAAAUAGGAGAUAUACAGAGAAGUGUAUAGCUUACGCCGAGAGCCAUGAUCAGUCUAUUGUCGGUGACAAGACCAUUGCAUUUCUCCUAAUGGACAAAGAGAUGUAUUCUGGCAUGUCUUGCUUGACAGAUGCUUCUCCUGUUGUUGAUCGAGGAAUUGCGCUUCACAAGAUGAUCCAUUUUUUCACGAUGGCAUUAGGAGGAGAGGGAUACCUCAAUUUCAUGGGUAACGAGUUUGGCCAUCCUGAGUGGAUUGACUUCCCUAGAGAGGGCAAUAAUUGGAGUUAUGACAAAUGUAGACGCCAGUGGAACCUUGUGGAUAGCGAACACUUGAGAUACAAGUUCAUGAAUGCAUUUGAUAGAGCUAUGAAUUUGCUCGACGAAAAGUUUUCAUUCCUCGCAUCAGGAAAACAGAUAGUAAGCAGCAUGGAUGAUGAUAAUAAGGUUGUUGUGUUUGAACGUGGCGACCUGGUAUUUGUAUUCAACUUCCACCCAAAGAACACAUAUGAAGGGUAUAAAGUUGGAUGCGACUUGCCAGGGAAGUACAGAGUUGCACUGGAUAGUGAUGCUUGGGAAUUUGGUGGCCAUGGAAGAGUUGGUCAUGAUGUUGACCACUUCACAUCACCAGAAGGAAUACCUGGAGUUCCAGAAACAAAUUUCAAUGAUCGUCCAAAUUCCUUCGAAGUGCUGUCUCCUGCGCGCACAUGUGUGGCUUAUUACAGAGUUGACGAAAGCAUGUCAAAAACUGAAGAUUACCAGACAGACAUUUCUAGUGAGCUACUACCAACAGCCAAUAUCAAGGAGAAUGACGAGAAACCUAAAGAUUCACCAUCUGUAAAAAUCAGUAACAUCGGUCAGACUGUUGUAGUUUCUGUUGAGGAGAGUGACGAGGAACAUAAAGAUUCACCGUCUGUAAGCAUCAUUAGUGAUGUUGUUCAAGCUGACUGAGAUGAUUCAGAUGCAAACGUCUGGGGUGAUGACUAGCUAGUCAGAUGGUUGAUCGACCCUUCUACGUGGGUGAUCUUGGUCCACGUAUGAUGUCUUCAGGAUGGUAGCAUCGACUGAUAUCAUUGUAGUAUUUUUUUGUUUUGGUUAGUAUUUCCUCUAUGCAUAUUAUUAGCAUCCAACAAAUGUACUGGUUGUAAAUAGAAUAAGUGCAUUUGCAUGUGUAUGUUUCUCUGAAAUUUUCCGCAGUUUUUGGUGCUUUGCCUUUGAAGCCUAGUACUAGUAUUUAUAUGUUUAUAGUGCUAUUAUGUUAUUGAGUUUUGUAAUAAGAAAGCUAAGAACAUUCACAUCUAUAAUGUUAGUAGAUUACAGUC